AUGGCGGAAGGACAACCCGAUCACGACGCACUUAUCUCGGAAUUCGUGGGUUUGGCUGGUGUAACACCACAAGUGGCUCAAGAAUACCUCGCAAACAGCUCUUGGGAAUUAGGAUCCGCAGUCACUGAAUACUUCAACCGCUCCGAGGGGACAGAGGAAGAUGAUCAAGCCCCAGAGGCUCCAGCAGUUACAUCUUCAGCUCCACAACCUAUACCAGCUUCUUCCAGCAUGCCUCCACCCCCAUCUGCAACGCAGCCACCGAAGAAAAAGUUCGCUACACUAGGAGACCUGAGUGGAGGCGGGGGGCCUAGCCACGCAGGCCACGGUCACGGCCAUGAUGACGAGGAUGAUGAUGACGACUUUGAGCCAAGCGACGACGAUAACCCGGAUCUCUACGCGGGAGGUGAGAAAUCUGGUUUAGCGGUAGAGAACCCCGGUACAGCAGAGAAGCUCAGAAAGAAGAUCAUCAAGAAAGCACAGAAGAAUACUCCCAGACCAGGCGGAGAUGACCCACGCGGCCCAAGCUCUCGCUUCACCGGUACGGCACACACCCUUGGCGGCGACGACGCCCCCAGCCAAACCAUUGAAGACCCUAAUGCAUCUCGACCACAACACGCACCCCCAGUUGAGCGCCAUCUCCACUUCUGGGCCGACGGGUUCUCAGUCGACGACGGUCCACUUUACCGCUCAGAUGAUCCAGCGAACGCCGCCAUCCUCGCCCAAAUCAAAACAGGCCGCGCCCCACUUGCAAUACUAAACGUCGAGAUGGCUCAAGAGGUAGAUGUCAAGCUAGAACAGCACUCAGAGAAAUAUGUACAGCCAAAGAAGAAGUACGUUCCAUUUGGUGGCGGCGGUCAGAGACUAGGUAGUCCAACACCUGGGAUAUCAAACAGGACAGCAGAACCAGCACCUGCGCCAGCACCAGCCGCCGCUCCAGCAGGUUCUGCUACGACACAAGCAGUAGUAGUUGACGUGAACGAGUCACAGCCUACCCUCUCAUUGCAAAUACGGUUAGGAGAUGGUACGCGUCUCCCUGCACGCUUCAAUACCACACACACCAUCGGCGACGUAUACUCUUUCAUUACCGCUUCCAAUCCGCAGAGUCGGACUCGCUCAUGGGUGCUCAUGACAACUUUCCCCAGCAAGGAGCUGAGCGACAAGAGCCAAGUACUUGGUGACCUGUCGGAGUUCAAGAGAGGUGGAGUUAUGGUUCAAAAAUGGUCAUAG